AUGGCAUCCGGAAUGCAGUUUUUGAAACAGCAGCUUUGUUGCCGUGGCGGCUGUCUUGGGAUCGGGGAUCAGGCGUUAUCUCUGGCAGUGCAGCGGUUGGUGCACACGAGCAGCAAGGGGCUGGGGCAGCAGAGGGUGUGCAGACGGACUUAUGCCACGGUGGGCGGUGUGGAUGGCGACGAUGAUGCCGGCAGUCGGCGAAACACAAAGGAGGGGCAGAAGGACACGGGGAACACAGAACUGGAUCACAAGAUCCUCAAGCUGAUACACGCGUACCCGCAGUCUCCGACGGCCACGCCCUACGAGGUGCUCAACAUCGCCUCGUCGGAUAAAAACAGCGUUUCGGGGGCUGACUUGAAGAAACGGUUCUUCCAGUUGGCGAAGAUCUACCACCCGGACUCGAGUUCGGCACACGGGUACCCGUUGGAGAGGGGCAGGCAAAGCCCGGCGCUGACGGACGAAACAAAGGAGGCCCGGUUCAAAAGGGUGUUGUCCGCAUACAACCUUCUCAAGAACCCGAUCGCCAAGGCCAACUACGACCGCUACAACGUCGGCUGGAACGACUUCUCGAAUCUCCGCACGAACGCAAACAUGUACAGCCCCUCGAGCUCGGAGUACAGGAACUUCUCGGGCAGCAACUUCUACCGGUCCAACUUCACCUCGUACGAGACGGGCACGUGGGAAGACCGGUACAGGUACGGCUACGGGUCUGCGUACGGGUUCCACAACGACCAGUCGUGGUCGUCGUCGAAGACAGGCGACAUGAAGGAGGAGCUUCUCAAGAACAAGAAGACGAUCUUUUUGAGCUUCGUGCUCACGAUCGCCGUCUACGGCGCGUUGCAGCUCACCCACCUCUAUCUCUACGACGAUGUCAUUGGAGAACACUACAACGAGAGCCUGUCUGCAAGCAGCGUCAACGUCCACGAGAAGUCCGAAGACGAUUUGUUCCACGCAUACACCAACUACGGGUUGGGCGACACGAAGGAGGACAGAAUCAACCGGUUUCUUUGGUGGCGCAAGCUCACGAUGGCGUUCAGCUUGGCAGACGUGAAGGAGGUGCUGGACCAUCUUUACAAACGCGGCAUAAUAGAGAACUCCGAGGAGAACACCAAGCUGAGACGGUAUGACUACGAGGCCAGGAAGGACUAG